AUGGAAGAGUGCAGUCGCAGAAAGGCGGAAGAGUGGAUCCACGGCGCCUUUUUUGGCCAGCCAGAAGAAAGCAGCUUGAGCAGCGACACGUGGCUUAGGGUGCAGCCUGGGUCUGAUGGCACUGGUUCCACCGCAGUGAGGUCGGCUGGUGGCGACGGGGAUGCGUUGUGUGUUACCGAAGAGGAACUGGCUGGUGAAGACGAGGACAUGCCGUCCUUCCCGUGCACCCAAGAGGGUCGGCCAGGACCCCGCUGCAGCCGCUGCCAGAAGAACCUGUCUUUGCACACGUCGGUGCGGAUUCUGUACCUCUUCCUGGCUCUGCUCCUGGUGGCAGUAGCUGUGCUGGCCUCUCUGGUUUUUAGGAAAGUGGAUUCUCUCUCAGAAGACAUCUCCCUGGUCCAGUCCAUUUAUGACAAGAAGCUUGUAUCAAUGCAGGAAAACCUUCGAGGACUGGACCCGAAAGCUUUGAACAACUGCUCUUUCUGCCACGAGGCUGGGCAGCUGGGGCAAGAGAUCAGGAGACUUCAGGAAGAGCUGGAGGGCCUUCAGAAGAUGCUUCUGGCCCAGGAGGUCCAGCUGGACCAGACCUCGCAGGCCCAUGAACUGCUCUCCACCACCAGCAACCAAAUCUCCCAGGAGAUGGGCGGUUGCUCCUUCUCUGCCCACCAAGUCAACCAGUCUCUGGGGCUCUUCCUGUCACAGGUGAGGGGCUGGCAGGCCACCACCACUGGCCUGGACCUCUCUCUGAAGGACCUCACCCAGGAGUGCUAUGAUGUCAAGGCUGCUGUGCACCAGAUGAACUUCACCGUGGGGCAGAACUCUGAGUGGAUCCACGGGAUCCAGCGCAAGACGGACGAGGAGACCCUCACCCUCCAGAAGAUUGUCACCGACUGGCAGAACUACACCCGGCUCUUCGGCGGCCUGCGCACCACCUCGGCCAAGACUGGAGAAGUGGUCAAGAACAUUCAGGCCACCCUGGGGGCCUCCUCGCAGCGCAUCAGCCAGAAUUCCGAGAGCAUGCAUGACCUGGUGCUGCAGGUCAUGGGCUUGCGGCUGCAGCUGGACAACAUCUCAUCCUUCCUGGACGACCAUGAGGAGAACAUGCAUGACCUCCAGUACCACACUCGCUACGCCCAGAACCGCACGGUGGAGAGGUUCGAGUCGCUGGAGGGUCGCAUGACAUCCCACGAGAUUGAAAUCGGCACCAUCUUCACCAACAUCAAUGCCACCGACAACCACGUGCACAGCAUGCUCAAGUACCUGGACGAUGUGCGGCUCUCCUGCACGCUGGGCUUCCACACGCACGCGGAGGAGCUCUACUACCUGAACAAGUCUGUCUCCCUCAUGCUGGGCACCACGGACCUGCUCCGGGAGCGCUUCAGCCUGCUCAGCGCCCGGCUGGACUUCAACGUCCGCAACCUCUCCAUGAUCGUGGAGGAGAUGAAGGCUGUGGACACGCAGCACGGGGCAAUCCUUCGCAAUGUCACCAUCCUUCGAGGUGUCCCCGGCCCUCCAGGACCCAGAGGACUCAAAGGAGAUGUAGGCAUGAAAGGACCUCUUGGCGGCAGAGGACCAAAAGGAGACCCUGGCAGCUUAGGCCCCCCGGGACCCCAGGGCCCUCAGGGACAACCUGGGGAGCCUGGACCUACAGGAGAAAGGGGGCCAGGUGGUCCACGAGGCUUCCCUGGCCUCAAAGGCUCAAAGGGCAGCUUUGGCAGUGGAGGGCCAAGGGGACAGCCGGGCCCCAAAGGUGAUGUGGGACCCCCAGGACCAGAGGGGCCUCCAGGGUCUCCAGGGCCUUCCGGGCCUCAGGGAAAACCAGGGAUUGCAGGGAAGACAGGGUCGCCAGGCCAGCGGGGGGCUACGGGGCCGAAGGGCGAACCAGGGAUCCAGGGUCCUCCCGGCCUACCUGGUCCCCCAGGCCCACCAGGAAGUCAGAGCCGCUACUGAGAAGGGUCCCUGGCCCAGACAUGGCCACAGCAGAAGGGGAAGAGAGCUCAGGGCAGCUCAAAAGCCACAGAAGAUCGUGGUCCUUUGAUUUUGAUGUACGGGUGUUCCCAGAGUUGAUACUGCAGCUUUGGGCUCCCCAAAGUGACUGUACCAUAGGAAAGCAACAUCCGCACACACACACACACACACACACACACGCACACACGCUUCCCUGCUGGCCAGGGUGGCCGACGGGGUUUCCCUGGCUAGGCAGGAGGAGAGGGCGGACAGCCCCCUCUCCUGUGACUGGGCCUGCCAGGGCUGUGGCUACCUCAGGAAGAAGGUCUUGAAUCUGUCUCUGAAUGGUGACCAGCUCCCGUCUGUCCAGUGUCUUCACUCACGCAACCCAGUUCCCUGAGGCUCCCCCUGUCUGAAAAGACUCAGCAAAUCUUUAGUGGGGCAUUAUAAUUAAAACUCCAGAGACAAGGUGGGUUGAUGAUAGCAAGCCCCUCCCCAUAGUCACAGGGACAGAGUCAUCAGGAUGCUGCCCUGCCUUGCACAGGGCCGUGGGACUCUGCCCGCCCUGGCAUCUUAAGGCCCUGCACACAGGGCCCCUGAAAAGAUCAACUUUUUGUCUAGACAACUCCCUACUUCAAUCUUGCCUCUGCUUCUGAGGAGCAGCCCAGAGGGAAUCCAAACAGUAGGUGCAUCUGUAGGGAGGGAGACCAGCAGGCCCUGGAGCAUUCUGCAUCAAUGCCAAAAACUCCCUAGGAAGGCCUCAGAGCUAGAGAGGGAAGGCAGAGGCAGGCUUGAGGGUUCUCUCGGCAAAGCCACCCCCUGAUCCACCCAUGAUUGGUGUGCCCUGUUCUCUAAGGGGCACAGCUGUGGUGGCCAGGGACCAGGCUGCAGGAGGGCCCAUCCCAACAACAGGGUGACUCUCGCCUCUCACAUCCGACUUCUGCCUCCUGCCCCCAGCUGCACACAGACUUAGAAGCACUGGGCACUGUGACUCAGAAGGGCUGAGUCUCCUUUGAAUAAGCAGCAAGGGGACCGGGUGUGGGAAGAGCCUGGACAGCUACAGGCGGCAUCUUUGACGUUACCCCACGUCCUCCGUCAACCUCCUGCACACACUGGCAGAAGGCGACACUGGGAGUUGGUCAAACGCACUGUAAAGCUCCCCUCCUCCUCAUGUCAAGCAGAUUCAGACACCCCUGGGUGGAGCAUGGAGCUGUCUCCUCCCCAACGUUGCCUCAGAGACCUGCCCUCUUCCUGCCCCAAGCCUACAGGGCAGCUUCCUUGUCAAUACAGAUGUGCAACUGGUUUGUACCACCCGCCCCGCCCCCCCCCACUGCCAUGUAACUCUCCGUCUACAUGAUACUGCCACGCAACAUGAUAUUACCGACCCAGUAAAGAGCUGUCUCCACAA